AUGGAACACUUGCAGGCCCUGGCGGCCGCUGAGCUGGGGAGCAGUAGUACAACCGCCGUGAGGGAGAGGACGCACGGCUCCGUCUACGUCUUGCGGGAGGACGUCGCCGUCUCCGAGGGGAGUUUCUUGCACGGCCAAGAAGCCUCAGCACGCUCGCCACCGCGGGAAGAAGCUUCAUCCAGCGUUCCUCUCGAGAGCAAGGGACGCGCCGACAGCCCGCCUUGUCCUGCUCCGCUCAGCCCGCCGUUUGUGGUGCACCACUACCCGCCCGCCGGAUCCACCCACCAGCCGCUGCCCCUGGCCACGUCAGCUGCUGCUGGUCGCCACUCGGCGCUUCUGCCUCAGCCGCCUCCUUCCCUCCGCUCCUUCAUGAUGAACAACGCAGGGGCAGCACCCAACAACACGUUCGUGGGCGGCCCGCUGAUCUCGCCGCGCGGCUCCAGCUUCUUCGAUGACAAGCUCCAGCGCAACGAUAGGAAGCCCGGCCGCCCACCUUCUCCGCUCCCCGCUCUCUGCGAAUGCAAGCCCCGCCGGCUCGCCGCUCAUGCCGCCCAACAACUGUGGCACCACUACCACUACUCCAUCUAUCCCAAGCGGCGGUGCCAGCCCACUUCCCUCAGUGCGGGAGAACAGAACAAGAGACGCCUGCCUUCGGUCCAAGCCCCAGCCUCAUCGCCGCUACCCAAGAAGGCCCGUCUGUCAGAGAAGUCUGCAAAGCAGCCCCGAAAGUCCAGCAAGCUGAAUGGUACGGUUCAACUCUUGCGUAGCUUUUCAUCUUAUUUUUAUUCGUGA